UAUGUCAGAUAUAGUAUCAUCAAAAUGAUCUAUGGAGCAGCAGGACAUGACUAAAAUACAUUUCAUGUGACCGCUGGUUUGGCUGCCUCUAAUUUGAACAUGGCUGGGCUGCAAACUGCAGGGAAGUUACUUUUAUGAUGUACCCAGGGAACUUCCACUGGAUUUUUUUAGGUGGUUUUCUAUAAUAAUGUUUUGUCUGUUGAAAUCAAACAAGUAUUCUAGCUAAGCAAGGAGGUUGCCCGUGAAACUACAUGUUCCAUAAUGCUUCGCUUCCAAGAUGACCAAAUACAGACGGACCCAGCGCUUUGAAAGCCCGAAGUCCGGAGGAAAAGUUCCUGUCAAGUUUGCCUACAAUGACCUUGAAGAACUUGGAUAAAAGCAAAUGCGUAGCUGACAAGAGAAGCAGCAGCUGUAGAGGCCAUUGGAUUUGACUCGGGCUCACUCACUCUCAAGGAGAGACUGUCCUACCAACAGUACCUGCAACCAAUCAAUGCAAGGAUACUCCUAGCAGCACAGGAAGAACUGUAAUUUACAACAACCAGCCCUGGUACCAGAUGUGCGAUCAGCCUGCUGUUUCUCCCUGAUCCACCAGGGGGCCUCAGUCACUCACAGAGACCAACCCUGAGUCCUCCACCCUCACCCUGAACACCCUGGCCCCAGUCAAGCUGUCCCACCCUCAUCCCUCUCCAUCUCCUCCUCAUCUCUUCUUCUGGCCCGCACACUCCCCACUGGACCCCCUGUUGACCCUCUCCCUUUAUAGGGGGGAGGCGUCCGGGGGCCUCGAUGAGGAGACCCUGCCCCUUUAUGAGGGCCUUAAUAUGGAUUGCGACCUCCUGGAAAGAGUGGAUAGGGGAAGCCAUGAUGUGUCCACCCUCACUGAACUUUGUUCAGGUGGCGAUAGUGAGGUAGAGAUAGUGAGCCUGCUGUCUGAGGGACUGCCUAACUACACUCUGCGGGCAGACUGCAUGUUUGGCUACGACCACGACGACUGGCUCCACACUCCUCUGCUGCCCCCGGAGGUUGCCCUGGGACUCACACACGACCAGAUAGAAGAGACACUCAAGUACUUCUUGCUGUGUUCAGAGAGAGUGGGCCAGGUCACGAAGACGUACCAUGACAUUGAGGCUGUCACCCACCUACUGGAAGAGAAAGAGCGGGACCUCGAGCUGGCGGCCCGGAUCGGCCAAUCACUGCUCAAGCAGAAUCGGGAUCUAACGGCACGGAAUGAGUUAAUGGACGAACAGCUGGAGAUUGCUAAGGAAGAGAUAGCCCAGCUGCGACAUGAGCUCUCAAUGAGAGACGACCUGCUCCACUUGUACGCCAGCACAGAGGAGAUCGAGAACGCCUCCGACUCACACGCACUAAUGAAGAGGAACGAGUCAUCUAACUCCAUCAGUAACUUUGUCAAUUAUGACUUCAUACAGCAGAAACUCAAAGGUCUGGAGGAGGAGAACCUCAAACUACGCUGUGAGGCCAAUGAACUGACGUCAGAGACCGCUAACUAUGAGGAACAAGAGCAGGAGCUGAUGAUGGUGUGUGUGGAGGAACUCACCUCUGUGAAUAAGCAGGUGGUGGACCUGUCUGAUGAGUUGGCCCGUAAGGUGGAGGACACCCUCAGGCAGCAGGAGGAGAUCAGCUCCCUGCUCGCACAAAUAGUCGACCUGCAGGCACGGUGCAAAAGGCUCACCACUGACAACGAAGAGCUGACCCAGCACCUGAGUGCCUCACGGGAGAGCCAAUCACAGCUCAAAUCAGAGCUAAACUACCUGCAGGACAAGUACUCAGAGUGUGAGGACAUGCUACGGGAGGCCAGAGAGGACAUUAAGAACCUGCGCAACAAGAGCCUGCCCAACAGCACGGUGCAGCGCUACAGCUCCCUAUCAGCCGUGUUCCCCAUGGACUCCUUGGCAGCGGAGAUUGAGGGCACCUUCCGCAAGGGCCUGGACGUCCCCGCCCCCUCCGAGUACAAGAAUCACCCGUGGCGUGUGUUUGAGACGGUGAAGGUGGUGAACCAAGCGUCGAGGCUGCGGUCGCGGUGCCACUCCCCCGGCCAGGUGCCCGGCUCCAGCCCUGUGUCGCUGCGCUCCAGCCGUGCCUCCACCCCCCGUACCAGCUACUACGGCUCAGACAGCGCCAGCCUCACCUUGGAGGACAAACCACCUAGUGCCGUAUCGAGACUGGCAGAGGUGGCACACACUGAGGACAGCAGUGUGAGUGGCCCUAAGCGUCUGGGUAUGCCGGGCAUGCCUGGAGGCCAGGACCUUGAAGCCGCCCUCCGCUGUUUAUCUGACCGCCAGCAGAGCCAUGCCUCAGAGCGCCCCUUCUUUGAGGUGGAGCGUGAACGCAAACUCCACGCCCUGGCCGCCGCCUGCCAGCGGUGCAGCGAGAAGGGUGGGGGGGUGGGCGAGCUGGGCUCCAGCGGGUUCCUUACGCCCAACGACAGCCUGGUGUCCAGCUCGGUGGCGUCAACAGGCACCAACUACUCCAAUGGCAGCUCGCUGCACUCCUCGGCCGGAUCGGGUGGCUCGCGCUCCUACCUACCUGACCGCCUGCAGAUUGUCAAGCCCCUGGAAGGCUCAGUGACCCUGCACCACUGGCAGCAGCUGGCCAAGCCCAACCUGGGAGGUAUCCUGCACCCUCGCCCGGGGGUCCUCACCAAAGACUUCCGGGAGCUGGAGAUCGACCUCCAACACGUCUACAGCCUCAAUGACCUGGAGGAGGACGAGCCUGACCUAUUACAGCUCUCCCAUGGCCUGGCUGCCGGAGCCCACGGAACCAUUGUCACUCCUCCAUCCUCUGGCCCCAACCUACCCCAGACCCCUCCCACCCACACCGUCACCACCUGUCGGCGCCACCACCCAUCCCUCCUGCUCCCCUCCUUCUCCACCAGCCUUUGCUCUCGCAGCCUGUCCGCUCGUGGGAGCUGUGAGCAUCUGAGUCCCACGUCGCCCUCCUCUUCCAAUCAGCAGCACUGUGUGCUGACCUUGGACCCUAGCCAGGGUGGUGGCCACCACUCCACCUCCACCCCAGCACCUCCUCUAUCACUGGGACUCCUGAAGCUGCUGGAGGAGCAGGGAAUCUCUGCCUCCACCCUCCCCUACCCUUACCACCAAUUGACCCCACACACACCCCACACACGCCCACAACGGCAGAGGAAGAGCAGGGUGGAGGAACGUGCAUUAUGGAGGAAGAAGGGAGAAUUAACAUUUUCAGCUUCAACCUGGUAGAGAAGCUGAGGAGUCUGGGACUUCACAAGGUGGCAGCGCGAGGCGUGGUGGACUGAAGAGAGAAUGAAGAGGAGAGAAAAGCAAUCUGACAAUACAGACAUCCACAAAGAGUCUGAGAAAGACUGGGAAAACUCCUUCUCCCCUUCCUCCUUAAUCCUCAUUGACUUCAAUCCACAUGCUGGCUAUGCCACUGCACCGACAUUUUGUGUUUCGGGCCCACAGCAAUACAUCUUAAAAUGGAACCUCGGGAGAACCAUAGAGCCAUACAUUGAGUUUCUGUUACGUGUACAGUCACUCUUCUUUUUGUAAUGGACUCAUGUAUUGUAUAUACUAGGUCUCCACGACGAUGUGUGAUGUCAUGAUCAUUCUCAGGAGAAUCACCUGAUCACCAGUCCGGCUGGCUUGAACACGCGCAAUUAUUAUUAUUUUUUUAAAGAUAAAAAGAUGAACAUAAAAGAAAAACAUGCGUUUCUUUUUUAUACUUGUGUUUCGUGGGUGUCGGAUGGUUUUACACUUUUUUUUUAAGCCCCCCCCCCCCCCCGCUAUGCUUUUUAUAUAUAUAUUUUUUUUUACCAUCAAAUACAAUCACAUGACCUUUUCAUUACUUUGGGAAAGAUUCAAGGUAUCGUUAUUUAAGAACCACCACCAAACGGACCAGUUUGUCAUCCACAGAUGCACUGGAAUUCAGAAUGUCCUUUUGCAUAUUAGCUGCUAUUAGAAAAUGAAGCAUUUGUGGGUAUUAACCACAUUGACUUUACUGUGGUAAAACCACAAGCACUUCAAUCACUCCCCAUUCCAGAAUGGUAGAAAGAUUGAUACACUGACUUUACUUCCUGAACGUUUGUGACAUUAUUGACAUUCCCUGAGUUAUACUACUCUGCUCUUUACUCAAAAGUCCUCAUUUAGCACUCGCAGUACUGUGUGUUUACAUGGCAUCACACAUCAUCACCUGCUGCAAGUCAUUGUAAAACGCUUUACUUUGAAAUGCUGUCAAUUAUUGUAAACUUUUGUAUUUAGUCGAAUCUCACCAAAGCAUUCAGGUGGUCUACCAUGCUGUAUCAAAGACAACAGAAAGUGACUGUAAAAGGUCUCGGCACUAGUCUAUGUGCUGGAUCUGUGUUAUCAGAGCUUAAACUAAAGUGUUGUUGGUACAAAUGUAAUUCAUGUCAUCAGGAAUAAUGAAAGUGAGUUGUAUGAAAAAACGAUGAUCAAGUGAUCGUGGACUGCAUGCUUUUUUUGGAUGCUCUUUCAGCUGUCUGGACAAUCAAUUGUAGAUAAAAGGCCGUAGGAUACUGCAUAUCAAAAGGGAAAAUGAUAGCAAAUGAUGACAAUUUGAAUUCAGAAGAAAAUGAACCAAACAGCACUACAUAUAUUUCAGAUGUUGAAAUGGACUACUCUGUGCUGAAUUCUAUAUUAUGAUCACUGAGAUGAAUGUCUGUAUAUAUUGUACCACAUGUACAUUAAAAAGUACAUUGUAUUUCCAUCA